AUGGCAAGAGGUGCUACCCAAGCGGAUAUUCCAAAGUUCACACGAGAGAAUUAUGACAACUGGAUUAUUCAAAUGAGAGCCUUUCGAGGUGCUCAAGAUGUCAUGGACAUUAUUGAAGAUGGGUAUGGAGAAAGCCCAUCAAAAGAAGUAGAAGCAACUAUGUCUGAUGCUCAAAGAACGAUCUUGCAAGCCGAUCAAAAGAAGUUUUACAAGGUGAAGUUCAUAAUCUACCAAGGCCUUGAUGAGGCCAUGUUCAAAAUCAUCGCCUCUGCCAAGACAUCCAAAGAAACUUGGGGCUACAUCCUGAAAAGGAAGUCAAGGGUGUUCGACAAGUUCAAAGAGUUUAAAGCUGUUGUGGAGAAACAAAGUAGCUAUCGCAUCAAGUCACUUUAA